ACAGCGGUACAGGAGUGGCUGAGUGUGCUGGGGGCUGCCACGCUGCAGCAGGCGCUGGGUGGUGCGGCAGUAGGAGCGGCAGGUGGUAGAGAGACGGGGCAGGUCCAGCAGCAGCAGCAGCAGCAGCUCUGACGACGGCAGCUCCCAAGCAGAGCCAGACUAUGUGGCGAUGUAUGAGCUGCGGCACGCCCUCAAGCCCAAGCUGCGCUUUGCGGUGGCCCCAGCAGCAGCAGAAGGCGCACGGCAGGCACAGCCAGCGCCGCACGGCGGCAUGCCUCAGGACGUGCAGCAGCCGCCCGCCCCGUCGGUGCCACCCGCGCCACCCCCCAACCUCUUCAACCGCCGCGCAGCCGCCUCCUGCUGUCUGACGCCCGCCAGCUGCAGCCGCUGGUGGACGACGUGGCAGCCAUCGGCGGCUACCAGUGCAUCCUUCUGGACCCUCCAUGGGAGAACAAGUCGGCCAAGCGCUCCGCCCGCUACCCCACCCUCCCCUCCCGCAACCUGCUGGCCCUGCCGCUGCGUCAGCUGAUGCACGCGGGCGGCUGCCUGGUGGCGAUGUGGGUGACCAACCGGGAGCGCCACCGCCGCUUCAUCGAGCAAGAGCUGCUGCCGGGGUGGGGCCUGCGCCACCUGGCCACCUGGCACUGGCUCAAGGUCACAGACGGCGGCCAGCCCGUGGGCCGGCUGGACAUAGAGCACCGAAGACCGUACGAGUCGCUGCUGCUGUGCUGGCCCGCCCACCUGCCUGACCCGCCUGGCGCGCCGGCGGCGCCUGCUGCCGGCGGUGAUGCCAGCGGCGGCAGCUGCUUUCACGUGCUGCGAGAGCCGCUGGUGGUGGUGGCUGUGCCGCCCGCCUCCCACAGCCGCAAGCCGCACCUGGGCCCGCUGCUGCUGCCGCUGCUGCCCGACGGCGCUCGCUGCCUUGAGAUGUUUGCCCGGGAGCUGCACAGCGGGUGGACCAGCUGGGGCAAUGAAGGGCUCAAGUUUCAGAGCAAGCAGCGCUUCCAGCGGCGGCGGCAGUAGCCGCUCGCCGGCUCCAGCCACCCCUCUGGCUUGGCCCCUCCUCGCUGCACAUCUGCCCCCCUGGUGGCUCCCUGGCGCUGUGCAUCCCCUUCUGGCCUUGUGAGAGCCCACGCCGC